AUGUUGGCGUGUGUUGCGGAGGAGCACAGUAUGAAGCUCUGCAACAGAGGUGCAGCUGGCCACCGUAUUUUCAUCUUACUGUUUUUACUCUUUAUUCCUCUUUUCUUCAUCCCCACUGCCAAUUGCCAGCUUCUUGAUUCGUGUUCCGCUGCUACUGAUUGUGGGUCUGGUCUUUAUUGUGGAAACUGCCCUUCACUUGGAAAGACUCAGCCUUUCUGUACCAGAGGCCAAGCCACCAUACCCACUUCCAUAGUAAGUGGGUUGCCCUUUAACAAGUACACAUGGCUGAUGACCCAUAAUGCCUUCUCCAUUGUGGAUGCUCCGUUAUUGACUGGUUCUCAACGAAUCACGUUCUACAAUCAAGAAGAUAGUGUUACCAAUCAAUUGACAAAUGGAGUGAGGGGAUUGAUGCUGGAUAUGUAUGAUUUCGAGAAUGAUAUCUGGCUCUGCCACUCAUUCCGCGGCCAAUGCUACAAUUUUACUUCUUUUGAACCUGCAAUUAAUACGUUAAAUGAAGUUGAAGCAUUCAUGACUAAAAAUCCUUCAGAGAUUAUAACAAUAAUAAUUGAGGACUAUGUGCAUACCCCAAAAGGGUUGACAAGGGUGUUCAGUGAUGCGGGGUUGGACAAGUAUUGGUAUCCAGUGGCAAAGAUGCCUAAAAAGGGCCAGAAUUGGCCCACUGUUAAUGAUAUGGUACAAAAUAAUCAUAGAUUGCUUGUUUUCACUUCUGAUUCUUCGAAGGAGGCUGGUGAAGGAAUUGCAUACCAAUGGAGGUACAUGGUGGAAAAUGAGCCUGGGGAUCCCGGGGUAGUACCUGGUUCGUGCCCAAACAGAAAGGAAUCAAAGCCACUCAAUUCGAGAAGUUCCUCUCUCUUUCUGAUGAACUACUUCCCAACGAUUCCUGUUCAAAAUGAGGCUUGCAAAGAGCAUUCUUCUCCACUUGCUGAUAUGGUUGGAACCUGUUACAAAUCAGCAGGAAAUGCGAUGCCUAAUUUCAUAGCAGUGAACUUUUACAUGAGAAGUGAUGGAGGAGGUGUUUUUGAUGUUGUGGAUAGAAUGAAUGGCCAAUCAUUAUGUGGGUGUAGUACUGUCACUUCAUGCCAGGCAGGAGCGCCUUUCGGAAGUUGCAAAACUAUUACUGCAUCUAACACAACUCCUGCAACCCCUGGUACUGCUGGGAGCUUCUCAGGAUCUGUGCAGUUGACAGGAGCUGCUUCUACAGUCAAUAUUCCCAGUAUAUUUGUUCUGUGCUUAUUCCCCUUUCUCAUCACAUUCUCUCCGUUGCAAUCAGUGUAG